AUGAGCGUUCAUACCCCACCCACACUCCAGAAGCUGGCAAUUCAGACUCUGGUGAGAGAGGAGGCUCUAGGAAUGUCCGAUCUGGAGGAGCUGGCCCAUGUACUCUUCCCAGCAGUGUUCAAGGAGGCCUUCGAUGGCAGACACACCAAGCUCAUAAAGGCAUUGGUGAUAGCCUGGCCUUUCAGCUGUCUCCCUGUGGGGGCACUGAUGAAGACCCCUGACCUGGAAACAUUGCAGGCUGUGCUAGAUGGGGUAGACAUUCGUCAAACAAGAGGGUUUCACCCCAGGUAAGCAAUUCCAAGAAAAAAACUACAGUUUCUCGACCUGAGAAAUGUGCACCAUAACUUCUGGAAUAUAUGGACUGAUUCAGAGGACAGUGACUGUUCAGCUCAGAUCUUGGAUGGAAAGCAAGCUGUGAAGGUCCAUCCCAGAUAUGCACUGAGGCAGUGUCUGAAAGUCACAGUUGACCUGUGCAUCAGGUCCUGUCUUGAUGAAGAACAAGCAUUGUUCUUGAAGUGGGCCCAGGAGAGAAAGGGCCCCAUAUAUUUCUGCUGCACAAAGAUGAAGAUCUUGGCUCCGCCAGUUAAAGUUCUCAGACAAAUCUUCCAUGUCUUUGAUCCAGAGCACAUCAUAGAGUUAGAACUAAAUACUGUAUGGACUCUGUUAGAAUUGUCACAUUUCCCUCCCUAUUUUGGGCAGAUGAGAAAUCUUCGCAAAGUCUUCCUGGCACCCCUCCACAAGAUCAACUUCCAUUCAUCCAACAGAACAAGAGUCACCGAAGUCAAGUGCAUCAAGUUUACUUCUCAGUUCUCCCGAUUCAACUGUCUCCAGCAUCUCUUCACGUUCUGUGACCAUUUUCUCAGAUUCCAGAUGAAUCAGGUCCUAGGGUGCCUGAGGACACCCUUGAAGACACUCUCCAUUACUUACUCCCUGAUUUCACAGAGAGAUUUGGAUUCCUUCUCCUGCUGUCAGAGCCUCUAUCAGCUAAAACAUCUGGAAUUGAGAGGUGUGGUCUUAGUGGAUUUUGAUCUUAUGCCUCUGAGAGAUCUCCUCAUAAAAGUGGUAGGCACUCUUGAGACUCUGGAUUGGCAAGGGUGUAAGAUGAAGGAGUCCCAGCUCAGUGUCCUCCUACCUGCACUCAAACAAUGCUCUCAGAUCUCCAAUGUCAACUUCUACAACAAUGACUACUCCAUGCCUAUCCUGAAAGACCUUUUGCAGCACACAGCCAACUGGAACAAGAUAAAUGUGGAACAAUACAAUGCACCUCUGGAGUGCUAUGAUGAGUUGGGUCGUGUCUCUGUAGAAAGAUUUGCCCAACAUUGUCAGCAUCUCAUAGAUAUACUGAGGGCAAUAAGGCAGUCCAAGAAUAGCUCCUUUGCUACACGUAUAUGCCACACAUGUGGGGAGCACUGUGUCUUUCACCAGGUGUCCAGACUUUGUCGUUGCUGGCAGUAA